CCCCCGCUAUCGAACCUCGGCUCGAACGACGGCUCACAUCCAGCGGCGCUGCUCUCCCCGUCUCCGUACGGUCUCCUUUUCCCUACCCCGACGAUCGCCGUCUCAGCCGCCUCCCACCUGUAGCGGAGGGAAGUGUAUCGUUAACAUACGGUGGUGAUGGGCCCCGUGCCACCAGUGGGGAGCUCCAGCAGGUUCCCUGUGGCUGCAGGAGACCGGCUAAGCUCGCUUCCGGAUGACCUUCACACCAUCAUGUCAUUCAUCCCGGUGCGACAGGCCGUGCAGACAUGUGUGCUGUCACGGAGGUGGGAGCACCUCUGGUGCUCCAUGCCAUGUCUCAACAUCAAUCAACUGGAGUUCGACUUAGCAACCUCAAGGGCCAGUGGAGGUAGUCGGUUUGAGGAAUUUGUCAACAACCUGUUGAUGUUUCACAGUGCCUCAUCGUUGGAUAUGUUCCGGCUUCAUGUUACACACAGUUAUGAGUCUAAAGUUGUAGAGUGAUGGAUCCGCCGUGGAAUGAAAUGCUGCCCUGCAAUGAUGGAGAUAUAUGCCCCUUCUAGAAGGUAUGGGUUACCUCAUUUGGGUUCCAGUUCUUAUCACCUCAGAAGGCUGCAUCUUGUUAAGAUUGUUCUGGAUAAGAGUUUCCCGUGGCAGCUUUCUUCUGGCUGCCCUGUCCUGGAAGAUUUGAAGCUUGAUGGAUGUCUUCUUGGUUGUCCAGAAAUCACAUCUUGCACUCUGAGGAACUUGAUAGUCGCGGACUGUAUGAAUUACGGUGGUAAUGUGCUGACCAUCACAGCUCCAGCUCUUGUUUCUUUUUACCUGGUAAUUACUGUUGGAUGGAACUGGGAUGUUGUUUUGGUGAACGAGAUGCCAGCCCUUGUAAAAGCAACGGUUUGUUUGAAACAAGACAGGCAGUCUACGAGCAGCUCACCAAAAGAGCCAUGCAAGCUUCUCCGCAAUCUGAUUAACGUGAAAGAUUUAGAGCUAUCAGGUUUAAAAACAUUGUCGAUACUUCAUGGGGAAUCAGGAGAUACUUUCCCAACAUUUUCUAAUCUCAGAACCUUGUUGUUCGAUGUUUGUGAUCUGAGUGAUGACUUCCAGAUGCUGGGAUGCUUUCUGAACAACUCCCCAAGUUUAGAGAAGCUUACUCUGCAAUACUGCAAGCUCCCGGAAGGUUCCAAGAAAAGGAAAAGAAUGGAAAAUCCAAAGAGGAUGUCUAUAAAAUGUCAUGACGCACUAACUUUCCAGUGCCCAAGCUUGAAGUUGACAGAAAUCAAGUAUAAAGAAGACGAUGUCCACCAGCUGUUUGGCCUUUUGUCUGGCAUUUGGAGGAAUCUACGGAAGACUACCAUCAUACUUACCAAAGCCUGAAGUAUCAAAUCCCAGUACCUUUUGCAAUGCUUCUGACAUCUAGUUCCUUUGAAAUGUGGCAUGACUUAUGCCAUGGUCCACUAUCAUAUCAAGCACGUUGUUUGGGUUUUGGGGUUUCUCUAGAUGUCGGAUGGCACAGUGCUUACCUUCUAAGUACCUUUAUUUUUUAUCGAUGAAACAGUUAUGGGCCUAUGACCUGAUUUGUAGUGGCGACUGAUGACUAAUGGGCUGAUGACCAUUAGCAGAUCUUAUGAACAGAUCUGAGUUACUUUGUUCGCCACAUAUAUUAAGGAUGAGCCUCUAAAGUGAGUAAUAUGUCAUUGAAGAUUGUUUGCAAA